CUCUUUCUCCUUUGUAUCGUUAGCCUAAACUUAAUGUCUUGUUUGAUGUUAAAUGCAGAUGUCGUACUCCAGGAGGUCAAGGUAUUCUCGCUCACCUUCAUACGAUCGAUAUAGCAGGUCUGUCUCAAGGUCCAAAUAUCUUUCAAGGAGUCGGUCGAGGAGCUGUGAUUCAAGCGAUGUUGAGAACCCAGGGAACAAUUUGUAUGUGACUGGUCUCUCCACCCGCGUUAAAGCGCGAGAUAUUGAGAAGCAUUUUUCUACUGAGGGGAAGGUUGAAGAUGUUCAUCUUGUUCUUGACCCAUGGACGCGGGAAUCUCGUGGGUUUGGUUUCGUGACAAUGUCCAGCGUUAAAGAGGCUGAGCGUUGCAUCAAGUAUUUGAAUCGCUCAGUACUUGAAGGCAGAGUUAUCACUGUGGAAAAGGCUAGGAGGAGAAGAGGCAGAACGCCUACUCCAGGGAAAUAUUUGGGGCUUAGAACUGUUCGUGUUCGUCGCGAAUCACGGAGUUAUUCUCCUCAUUCAAGGAGUCGCUCUCCUCGUUACUCGUCUGAAAGCUACAGGAGCAGGAGUAGGAGCAGAUCCUACUCACCAUAUUACAGACAAGAACGUAGAUCCUACUCUUCCUAUUACAGAAGACGCCAGAGAUCCCGCUCUCCAUAUUACAGUCGACACCGUUAUUCAGAAUCAGCUUAUUCUCCUUACUAUAGUCGUGGAAGGUCUUAUUCUCGAUCUGUAUCUCCAUAUAGUCGGCGUGAUCGGUCCUAUUCUCCAGAUGACCGUUACUACAGAAGAAGUCGUUACCAUGACUAUUCUCCUGACAAUUACCGGCGUGAUCGUUCCCAUUCUCCAGAUGACCGUUACUAUAGAAGAAGCCGCUUGCGUGACUACUCCCCUGACAGCCGUGAUCUUUCCUACUCUCCAGAUGUUCGUUACAACAGAAGGAGCCGCUAUCGUGACUACUCCCCUGACAACAGUUACUACUAUCGAAGGAGCCGGUAUCGUUCCAUUUCUCGGAGCAUUUCACCUCGAUAUCGGAGGUCCAGGAGAAGCUAUUCACGCAGUGUAUCGCCUAGGUGGAGCUACUCAAGAAGUGUUUCCAGGAGCAGUUGCUCUCGUAACAGUUAUUCUCCUAGUCCGAAGAAAAGCUCCAAGAGGGGUCGCAGUGUGAGUGCAUCUUCCAGAAUUGUUUCAAGGUCUGUUACACCUAGGUCUUCCCCUUCAUCAUGAAGGACUACACUAUUAGGAAGGUUUAGUCUGUCACUCUCUGUUGCGAAGAGUUUAAAGUACUAGAUUGGUCUCUCAAGUAAAGAUAACAAAUUUGCUUUCCAGCUUAUGUGACUGGUAGAAAUGAGACCUAGCUGUACUAUCGUGUUUGUAUUUUAAUACAUUACUCUUAUCUGUUAUCUGCUGAGGUAAUAUGGCAUAUUGAGACUUUGAAAAAAGCUGUGGCAUAUUGAUGUGUUCAAGCC